AUGGCAAAGCGUGACUCGGAGACGAAGGAGAGAGAGAGAGUGGAUUGUUCGGACGUGAAGCCGGACGAGCGUCCGAAUGGAAUGGAAACGACAUGCGCACACGCUAGCGUUAGCAAGCAAGGAGGACGACGGACAUCUGUGCAUAUCAAGCAAACAGAGACAGAGACAUUGAGGAUUGGACGGACGGACGGACGGCGAGAUAGACGGGAGGCUCGGCCGUCGUCGAGAACCUCGCCGCCAGCCUCAGUCACCGUUUCUUAUCGGUUUUCUUAUUAG